UUCAAAAUAGCAAGACAGCUGGUCGCCAAAAUGGACUUACAGAUAAACGUUAGCGACAUAUGGGCGCCCGCGAUUAAUUCUGAAGAUUUACCUGACGCCAUAGUGAGAGGUUUGCAAACUAUAGAAGCUGCAAAACUUAAACGGGCCAAAGCGGAAGUGGCAGACAGGCUUGAGCUGAUCCUCAAGAGAGUGCACAUUGCGGUGGAGCGUCUACGCUUGGCCGCCAUCGAGGACGCCCAAGAGGAGGCCGACAGGAAAGCGGAGCAGGGCGACCAUGACGAUGGUGACGAUGAUGGACCCUUGGACUUCCAGGUCAUCAAGAGCAGGCAAGCGCUGGCGCGCACCAUCAUCCAGGCCUUCUUCUUCUCCAGCUUCGAGAAGAAGGACAACCUGAGUUCGGUGCUGGGCUGGCUCAAGGAGACCGACAAGGUCCUGGUGGAGGCCCAGCCACCAGACUGCGUCUCUCAGGAAUGGGUGGACGAGAUGGAGGACAAGAUUUCGGAGUCGCUGCUGGAUACGGAGUGCAGCAUUCAGAGGCUUUAUCACCUCUGCCAACGCAUCUUGGCGGAUAACAGCCAGAAGAGCAGGAAUGCCAAAGAAAAAAACUAUGUGGGCAAGGACGGGGUGUGGCGCUGGUGGCGGGUGCCCCGCGCGGACGUGAAGACCAUUCUGCGCAUCCAGAAGCAGAGCCCGCCCACCGUGGACCAGCUGCUGGCAGACGACGGCUCCCACGCCAUUGUGGACAGCGCCGCCGGCGCCCUCUGCUACAUGCUGACCGACAUGGAGAAGUUCUUCAACUGCAAGAAGACCAUGAGCAUGGCGUUCGGCUACGCCCAGACGGGCCUGCUGAACACCUGCAAGGCCCUGGUGACGUGCAAGCAAGAGCUGGCCGACCUCCGGGAGCAGGUGGAGCAGCUGAGGGCCCUCAGCGCCGAGGCGGCAGCCGAGGCCAAGGCCAACGCGGAGGCGGUGGCGGCGGCGGAGGCGGCAGCAGAGGCGGCAGCUGUGGAGCUUCAGGCGGUCACGUUUGUGGACACCAGCGAGCAGCUGUACAUCACCCGGCUCAAGAAGGACCUGAGCAGCAGCAAGAGGAGCAUCUCCCAGAUGAAGCUGCAGAUCACCGACCUGGAACGGGACAAGGCCGCUCUGUCGGAAGAGCUGAAGAAGGCGCAGGAAGCAGCGGCAACGGCAGUUUCGGGCCUCCUCACAGCAGUCGCGACACCAGAGCCACCUGAAGAAGUCAGACCACGCUCUGCGAUGAGCACGUGGAGAUCUCGAACCAGCGCACUCCACCCCCCCACCUCGGCUGUGAGUGAUAAAUCUUGGAAGGAGACGGAGACGGAGAAUGAAGAAGAGAAAGAGGAAGAGGAGGAGUUGAAACGUUUGAUCAGUGUUGAUGAUGAGGAAGGGGCCGCGCCGUCACGGGCACCCAUGGUGAUCAAGAUAAAGCACAGUCGGUCAGAGCCGAUCCCGGCAGUGACCUCCACCUCAAUGCAGAGUCUUGCCACAGAGGCAGCGGCAGCAGCAGCUCUCAAGGCCCGUGCUGACACUCCCUUGGACUCUCUGUCAACUAGAGUUUUGCCAAAGUCUGUGUCUAUGUAUGAGCCAUACUUCGAAACCAUGUCUGAGAGGUCUAUUUCAGCAAUGUCUGCACCGAGGCCUUUUUCAGCAACAGCUGCGCCGAGACCCAUUUCCAGAGUAUCUGUGUCAAGGCCUGUUUCCGCAAAAUCUGCGCCCGAAGCCGGGAUGAGUUUGGACGAGGUGCAGCCCGGCCACCACAGCCGUGCCUUCGACAGCUCGCCUGACACGGACACAACGAAGACGGCCAUUUCGGCACCUCGAUGCAACACCGCCGUCACCGAAUCGUACAUGGAGAGGUCCUCCGAGUCUUACGGGGAGAGGGCCUCCGCCCUGAGGUGGAUGGCGGAGAGAGGCCCGAUGAGAACCGCGUCCCAGGCAGCGGCGACGAUGUUCCGCCAGGCCUUACCCGGUGAUCCAACUGACAUCCAGUCCAGCACCGUAGCGGAGGACCUGGACCUGGACUUUAACAUCGGCCUCGCCAUGGACGCUGGAGACAGCAUGAAGAAGGAGAUGGCUGACGGCAGCUACUGCCUGAGUGCCCACGCCCAGAGGAUCAACCUGAGGCUGCUGCAGCAGGCAGCGCAGGGCAAACACAUCUCGCUCCGCCUCCACGUCAUGGCCAAGGACGUCACCCGGCAGUUCCUCUACGCCGCCGACCUGCGCCUCUCCUGCCUCAUGAGGAAAUACAUCGCCUACCAAGCGCUGCUCAAAGUCAGGCACAACAUUAACCUCCAGAUGACGACGGCGCGCAAGUUUAAGGACGGCGGGGCCCUGAAGGACGGCUACGUGUUCAUGUCCAACCUGGAGACGUACGAGAGGCAGGUGCUGAGGCGCUUCACCCUGAGACGGGCCGCAGCUGCCGAGGACCGCCUCUCUUACCUGAGCACCGCCACCUGGCUCUUCAAGAAGAUUCGGGAUGAGUUUGGGGUGCGCCUGAUUCUGCCGUACCCCAGGAGCAGCAGCUGUCUGGGGCCUUGCUCUCUUCUCGUGGCGUCUCAGAGCCCCACGCUGGAGCCGAAGCCCGGGCCACCGACGCUCCGAGUGAGACGCCCACGCCCCCCCACCGCGCCUGCCCGCAUGCAGAGAGGAUGCAGAGAGGAGGAGACCAUCCAACACUUCAUACUCUGCAAUCCCAACCCCAGCCUGAGCCAGAGCCCGGUGCCCCACUAUGGCCACCUGUGGGAUGUGCAGAGCACGCUGUACGACAUGGAGGUGGCACGCAAGACCCCCGCGCCCAAGGGCACCGUGCCCACACUGCCACGCCUGCUGGAGAUGGACAUCAGCCAGGGGAGGAGCAGGGCACUGCACGCCGCACAGUGCAGGGUGGUCCCAUCGCGCCCGUCCAGGUCUGAGGAGAGGUGUGGGAGAGCUCGCCAUUUCUGACAGAAGCCACAGAGACAGAUCGAUAUCAACAGAGGCAGAUCAUACGGGACAUCCCCAUGCUACAUUCAAUACUACAUUAAAUUCUAUAUUCAAUUCUGUAUUCAAUACUCCCAUAUCUCUACAAGCUUAAAACGUGCAAUGACAUACAGUACACACACACACACACACACACACACACACACAC